AACCACUUAGCCCCAAAUGAAAUUAACAAAACAAGAAAAAUCCCUAAUUGUGUAUUACACGUUUAAUUCUCUAGUCUCUACCAGUUGGCUUCUCUGGAUCUCACUCAAACUCAGCCUCUCAAUCGUUUUCCUCUCACGCUCACUCGCUCGAUCUAUUCUCUCUCACACUCAGCCCCUCGAUCCGUUCUCUCACUCAGCCUUUGCAAGAACUCAGCCUCUACAAGAACUCAAAUCUCGUCUUUCUCUCCAUAACGUCGAGCUUCUCUCCUUCACACUCAGCCUCGACAAGAACCAGGUGACCCCGCCGAUGCAAGAACCAGGCCACCAUGGGGCAAACUAGGCAGACCUCCAAUUGUUUAUGAGAUUCUUCUACCACAAUGUUUAUAGAUGGUUUCCUGCAUAUGGGGCCAAUGAAAACAGAUCAGGAUCACAAUUCGUUUAUUGGAAUCAAAUCAUUGAUUGAGCCUACUCUUCGUGAACUACAAUCAAAGAUGAGAGAAGCUGAGAAUGAUCCCCAUGAUGGCAAGAGAAAGUGUGAGGCUUUGUGGCCUAUAUUCAAAAUAGCACAUCAGAAGAGCCGUUACAUUUUUGACCUUUACCAUCAGCGAAAGGAAAUAUCUAAGGAGCUGUUUGAGUUCUGUCUAGACCAAGGUUACGCUGACCGUAAUAUUAUUGCAAAAUGGAAGAAUUUUCGUUUACAGUACACUUUAUUUGAACAUGAUACUGUUUGCACUUGCUAAGAUCGUUAUUUGUAUUAAAAAAAUGGCUGUUAAUCUUAGGGUAGACUAAAUAUAUAUAUUUAUAUGAAAAAACAGUGUAGAGUAGAAUACUUUAUAAGACUAACUAAGAAUAUAAGCCUGAACAUAUGUGUGUAUGGGAUUGGGUUUUGUCCCAUUAUGUGAUGCAUUCCGUUCAUCCCUGUAUGUCGAAUCAAUGGUUGGUUAUUAAUUAUUGGAAGCCUGCAUAUCACACCAUGCCUAGAGUAUAUUAAAUCUUAGUCUAACACAUAAAACAAAAUAUGUAGUAUAUUACGAGAUGCAUUCCCUUUUUUACAAAAAAAAAAGGAUAAUUUUUACUUCUGCAUAUAUAAAAAUAUCAGUGAUAACUAUAGUAUUGUUUCCCCUCUUUGCUUUUGUGUUUGAUCGUAGACGAAGUCCUUGUCUUUGCAAGGAAAAGGGGCAUAAGUAGUGUAGAGAAAGAGGCAUUAGGA